GCUAUAAUUGGGAAAAGGGGAUCGGGAGGACAAGUCACGAUUUGCCCCCAAAUUCGCGAUCCCCCCUUCUUCUCCGGCUCAGAUUCCGGCGAGCCCUCGCCCCCGACCCCCAAAUUGGCCGCGGAUCCGAGCCCCCCUCGCCGCCGGCUUCCGAUCGGAUAGUAUGGUGUUUUCGCACAACAAAAAUUCCAACCAGUUUGACCCUCUUUCUUAUGUUAACCUGAGUGGACUAGAUGCUGACAGUCAAUCUGUUUCAUUUACUGACAUGAACUCAAGAGAUGCUCCUUCAAAUUCACAUGUUACAGAUGUUGGAAAGGAGAAUAUGUUGAAUAACCCAGAGGAAUCAAAGAUAGCAAGCACUGGUCUGAAGCCUGGUUCUCCAAUUUCUCCUGAGAACUUCAGUUUUUCUUCUCUCCCAGGCAGCAGUUGUCAUUUGUCUACGCUGGAUCAUGGCAAGCGACCUCUUUCUGAUGUCAGGCCAUUCCAGGUUGCUUGUAAGCGUCCGAAGCAAAUAGACGAAAAUACCUGGUCAACGAGCACGUUUGAGACAUCCUUUUCAGAUUUAGCUGAUGAGACCAGAGAGCCAGAUUACAUCUAUCAUAAUAGUGGUAUCUCAGCCUGCAAUACUAGUUCCAGCAUCCCUUACUCUAAUCUCGAGCAAUUAAUUGGAGAGGAGAACUUAUACUUACCUGAUUGGGUGACUACUUUCCCUGGUUAUACUGGAGAUUUUUGGCCAGCACCUGUGGCUGAUCAGGUUGAUGACAUUGACUCUCCUAUCCAUGACCACCUCCCAAGAAAAGCUGUGGCAAUUGGACCUGACCACCAGGCAGACAUUCCAGAAUGGAGGCCUAGGAUUUCGAUGACCGUGCCCUACGGUUCUGGUUCUUGUGCUGAUCUGUCAUACAGUUCUGUUUCCACUUCAGGGUCUGCUCCCAGGGAUGAGGACAGUGAAAGUGAUAAGUGGAUCAAGCACUGUGUCAUUGAAAUGCCAUCCUCAUGUUCUGUUGCUUGGGUUGGAGACCAUGGAAGAGAUUGUGGGUGCAGUGAUGAGGGUUCCAUUAGAUGUGUAAGACGACAUGUUUUGGAAUCCAGAGAAAACCUCAAAAGAAUAUUUGGAGAGGACAAAUUUCGUGAGUUAGGUCUUUGUGAUAUGGGAGAAGAUAUUGCUCAGAGAUGGACAGAUGAGGAGGAAAGUCUCUUUUAUAGAGUUGUUUACUCUAAUCCUCCUUCCUUGGGAAAGAACUUUUGGCAUUUUCUCCCACGAGCUUUGCCUGGUAAAACUAGCAUGGAGCUUGUCAGCUACUAUUUCAAUGUCUUCAUGCUUCGUAAGAGGGCUCAGCAAAACAGAUCGGAGCCAUUGCACGUGGACAGUGAUGAUGAUGAGGUUCCUGAUGAGCCUUCUGUAACAGAGGAUGAGGAUUCUGCAGUUGAGUCCCCAGCACAUGAUUAUUACGUGAACAAUCCCAUGUCCCCAGAGUCUGAAGACUCCUUCCAUGAGAAGGUAGCUGAUAGUUUAUCUGGGCUCAGAGAUGGACCAAGCCAGAAGCCUCUGGGAUCCAACACAGAUAAUCCUGGAGGUGAUGCCGACGUCCAAGACGAGUCAUGCACAUCAUUUGAGGACCAUAAUGGAGCGCAUGGAUCUAAUGGUGUUCAAUGUGCUGAGUUUCACAUGAUGCUGCCAAAUGCUGCUCUAGACCACUACAGUGACCGAGGUGCGUGCAUGUAGCGGAUGCCAGGACUCAUGAGCAUAUAAACAUAGGUUAUUAGAUGUUGACAUCAUGACAGAGCCUCUGAAGAUAUGGCUGAUGAGGGAGAUAAAGAUGAUUUGUAUAUUGGGGUUGUCAAUUGUCAAUGCUUUGUUGAGAAUGUUGUGAUGAACAGUAUGACAGCAAUACAAAUAAAGUGGAUGGCCUUGGCGUUUGCCAAAUUUCGAACGCCGAGAUGGUUUUGAUCUUUGCUGAAGUUUUGAAAUUUGAGGGGACUGCACAGCCAAAAAAGUUAAAGACCAAGUCAAGAGUUCUGCAUUGAGAACAGCUGCCUUGCCUUGGGAAGUCUGUUCCUCAAAAUCCUCCAACCUGUCGUCUGUCUUGGUGAUGCUAUGGUCGCCAGAAGACUCGACGGGAGCGAUCUGUAUAGUGGUCAAGUAGCUCAGUAUUUUUCAAAGCCAUUUUGUAAAGUAGCAUUUGGGGACCAAACUGAGCUUUUGUGCGACGUCGUCUUAUAUUCAUUCAUUGUGUACUCGUCAUCUUUUGCUCGUAUGUGUACAACCUAUUGCAUUCUGUAGUUGGAGUUGGAGAGCUUCUAGUUAACCCUUUUACUGCAGAAAAUGUCGUACUCAUAUAGUUGUAUCAAUUCUGACCUAAGGCAUUUGAGUUGUAAGCAGUGAAUAGGGUAAGUGAUCUGAAUGGGAGCAUUACAGACAAGGAAAACGAAGAAACCAGAUAUAAUUUCUGAAGCAAUUGCUGUGCAUUGGAUCAAA